AUGAAAAUAGCCAAAAUCAUCCCGCUUACUCUGCCAAUAGUCCCAGCCGCGAAUGCUGGACAAGCGGGCUAUGGGAUCUGUCAGGCAGGUUGCUCCGCCGUUGUCAGGGCCUGCUAUGCUGUUGCCGGGGUUCAAUGGGGCGCCUGCUGUGGGGCUCAAGCUUCGCCUGCGGUUAUAGCCUGCAACGCCGCCCAUGGUACCUGUCAGGCCGCCUGCGCGUCCGUGCUUUUGAAUAAACGGGCUGAGAAAGCUGAGUCGGCAUCAAAUACAAAGGGGAGAAAGCAGGAUUCGAAGCGAGCAAAGAAGUUUGAGACGAGCAAAAUAGCCCGAGAGAAUGUUCGGGUUUGA